GACACCUGAAUCCACGUCCGCUGUACCCUCCACUUGGACGUCUCCAGUCUCAGAGUCUCCCUUCUCCCCACAUAACCAUGACUUGUGGAUCCUACUGUGGCGGCCGCGCCUUCAGCUGUGCCUCAGCCUGCGGACCCAGGCCAGGACGCUGCUGCAUCUCCGCAGCUCCCUACAGGGGCAUCUCCUGCUAUCGCGGACUCUCGGGGGGCUUCGGCAGCCGCAGCGUCUGCGGGGCCUUCCGCUCUGGCUCCUGCGGACGCAGCUUCGGGUACCGCUCUGGGGGCAUCUGCGGGCCCAGCCCCCCCUGCAUCACCACCGUCUCUGUCAACGAGAGCCUGCUCACGCCCCUCAACCUGGAGAUCGACCCCAACGCGCAGUGCGUGAAGCAUGAGGAGAAGGAGCAGAUCAAGUGCCUCAACAGCAGGUUCGCGGCCUUCAUCGACAAGGUGCGCUUCCUGGAGCAGCAGAACAAGCUGCUGGAGACCAAGUGGCACUUCUACCAGAACCGCAAGUGCUGCGAGAGCAACCUGGAGCCCCUGUUCGAGGGCUACAUCGAGACGCUGAGGAAGGAUGCUGAGUGUGUGGAGGCCGACAGCGGGAGGCUGGCUGCCGAGCUCAACCAUGCUCAAGAGACCAUGGAGGGCUACAAGAAGAGGUACGAGGAGGAAGUCUCUCUAAGAGCCACAGCCGAGAACGAGUUUGUGGCCCUGAAGAAGGAUGUGGACUGUGCUUACCUGCGCAAGUCAGACCAGGAGGCCAACGUGGAGGCACUCACCCAGGAGAUCAACUUCCUGAGGCAACUGUAUGAGGAGGAGACCCGUAUCCUCCACUCCCACAUCUCAGACACCUCCGUCAUCGUCAAGAUGGACAACAGCCGGGACCUGAACAUGGACUGUGUCAUAGCUGAGAUCAAGGCUCAGUAUGAUGACAUUGCCAGCCGCAGCCGGGCAGAGGCUGAGUCCUGGUACCGCACCAAGUGCGAGGAGAUGAAGGCCACAGUGAUCCGGCACGGGGAGACCCUGCGCCGCACCAGGGAGGAGAUGAACGAGCUGAACCGCACGAUCCAGAGGCUGACGGCCGAGAUCGAGAACGCCAAGUGCCAGAACACCAAGCUGGAGGGCGCUGUGACCCAGUCUGAGCAGCAGGGCGAGGCCGCCCUGGCUGAUGCCCGCUGCAAGCUGGCUGAGCUGGAGGCUGCCCUGCAGAAGGCCAAGCAGGACAUGGCCUGCCUGCUCAAGGAGUACCAGGAGGUGAUGAACUCCAAGCUGGGGCUGGACAUCGAGAUCGCCACCUACAGGCGCCUGCUGGAGGGCGAGGAACAGAGGUUGUGUGAGGGCAUUGGCUCCGUGAAUGUGUGUGUGAGCAGCUCCCGCGGUGGCGUCGUCUGUGGCGAUCUCUGUGUCUCUGGUACUGGCCCUGCUGUCAACACCAGAGUGAGCAGCGGCCCCAGCAGCAACGUGGUGGUAGGCACCCCCAAUGCCUGCGCCCCCUGCGCCGGGGCGGGCGCCGGUAGUGGAGGCUGUAAGAGGUGCUAGGAAGCCUCAAUACUGCAAGCCACUGCCUCGGGCGGCCCUGCCUGACAC